AUGGGCGGUGCAGCAGCCAAUUAUCAGGCGCUUUUUCCUCCACGAAUUCCAUGCCCCCCUGGCUCCUGGGCGGCCGCCUCCAUAAUCAUUUCGCGUCAACCAUUCGACUUUGCCCGUGCCUUGACCAACGCGCCCCCCGUCAAAUCCCCCAAAACUGCCGGCACGGACUCGACGGAUCCGAGAAUUGAGAUUCUAAACAAUAGAGAUUGGGGCCAAACUGCAACCCAAAAAUCUGCUGGGCAGCCCUUAGGGGCGAGACACAUGGGCGGCACCCGACAACCAAAAAUCACUCUGCGACUGCGAAAUUCCUCUGCCAACCAGGACGACGACACCAUGGCGCCGCCCUCGAGCGCUCGGACGACGCGGUCUCGCGCGAGCCCGGCGGCCAACGUGGCCGCCGACGCGAAAUCGAGCGGAGUGCAAAAGAAAUCCUUCAUGGAGCGGUGGUUGGAGCCGCAGGUGCAGAGCAAGGCCAGCUUCCAAGAGGCAGGACUCAUACGGCAGGGGGUUCUGGAGAACAUGGCUCCGCUGGGGACGCUGCCAAAGGCGGCCGUCACGCGAGCGGCUGCGGCCGAGGGGAAGGUUCAGGAGCAGCAGCCGCAGCAGCCGACUCCCACGUCGGGUCGGAGGAUAACCAUCAAGUUCAACAAGCGGCCGACAUCUGAGCCAAAGACGCCAAAGGCCGCCUCGACUUCGCCGAAGGAAUCCACCGAUGCCGUUGAGACGGCGUCCGAGACAGAAGGUGCAAAGGAAGGCGAUAACGGGUGGCGGAAUGGUGAGCCAGAUGCUGAGGCAGAAGUGAAUGGGGUCGAGAGCGCUACGGAUUCUAAAUCUACGACCCCACGCCCAGUCGCUCGUCAAUUGCUUUCUUGUUCAUCACCGACGCAAAACGAGGAGAGUUCCCACGAGUCAACUGCGACGGAAGCGCCGUUGACGAGGUCCAAAUUUAGCAUGCGCAAGAGCUUUACCUCACCCGCAAAAAGCAGCGGGGGCCCCUCACAAUCACCUCACCUGCACACCGGCAACUCAACGGUACCUACUUAUUCCGCACUGGACUCCAGCGCUGGACGCAGUGUUGUUUCAAAGACGCCAACCUCUGCUGCUGCUGCCGCCGCCGCCAUGCCUACAGAAAGUCGCAUGGUCGCUACCCGCGCCCGCGAGGUCGUCAACAUUGCAGUCAAAGAGGCUCUCGUGCACCAAGACUACUUGUCGGCGUGGACCAUACGCCAUCUUUUCGAUGAAAAUGCCGGGGAUCCGCGGGUGAUGGAUAUGUUUGACCAGGUUUUCAGGCAAACCGCGGCCGAAGAUGUGCUGAUUGAAUUUGUGCACAUGAUCAGCAAAAAGAAGCGGGAAGGCCACAAGACAAAGCAGUACAGCACAAUGAUGCCCUCUGAUGGACAAUCAUUAUCGAACCCGCCAAAGCCGGCUCCAUACAGGGAUUUGGUCAAGCCCGACGUGUUGAGGAUCGUCAAAAAGGCCGCAGAGCGACCUCGUUCGACAGCACAAGAGACAGAGCCCCAAGGCAAAUCCGGGCAAGAUGCAGAUAGCCACAAGGAUAAAAAACAGAAAACUGGAGGCCGAGACAUUAAGCUCAAGACUCCAUCGGGCACAAGGGCCCGAGUGACAGCUACAGGUUCGCCACAGAGGAGCGGGAAAAUGUCGAAGACACCAAGCAAGACUCCCAGGUCACACAAGCGAUCACUCUCAAAUGACAGCAUAUCGUCUUUAUCUUCAGCACCGUCGGAUCUGGAUGAAGUGAUUGGGGACGUUUUCGAGGCUGCGGAAGAGCAGGCGACAGUUUCAUCUCCAACGGUGCAGGUCAAGCGAAAGGGUCGAAACCAAGGGCGGCAUUCGACGGCAGGAGCGGCAGCAAAAACAGAGCCCGAACUACAGAAAGGAGAAGAAGCACAGGGAACUGACGAGACUGCAGCGACAACUGGAUCCGGCAGCGCCAGUGCUGACGAUUUUGGCGGUGCGGCUACUCCGGCUCCUUCUGCUGCUCCUCCUGUGGCUGGGAGGGCGCGUGCCGAGAGUGCCAGGUCCAGCAGCAAAACACGGGCGGUGGCGAGUCAACCAAUCACAACGGGCCGACGCAAAUCGAGAAGGACCGGGAAUGCAUCGCCCACCAGUACACCCACCCCCCAAGUCUCAGGCCAGAAUCCUCCACCCCUUUCUUCCAAUAAUACCAACAACAACAAUUCCUUGGGCGAAGCUGUUGCUGCUGGGCUCACAGAAUCCCGCAUGUCUGUCUCAAAGCCAAAUGCCGCAAAGGACAACACUUUGUCGUCUGCAACUCGGAAAACGACCAGGCAAAGCACCGCCAACAGCAGCAGCAGCAACAACGGCAACAACAACAACAACAACAACAACAAUAAUUCUAAUUCUAGCAAGGCGUCGUCACCUGCGCCACCCCCAUCCCAAACCAAGUUUGCCAGCAAAAUCGGCGCCUUGGAUGAGGAUGAUCCCAAGACAAAGCUCCGCAGGGACGCCAAGCUUCGCACCGACGCCUUUAUUACCAUUACCGAAAGCUUUACCCGGGGUCUUGACGGCCCAAGGUCGGACGGCCCAGCGCAAGAGCAAGAGACGGCAUCUGUUGAGCUCCCGGAACCCGAGCCCGAGCCCGAGCCGGAACCUGAGCUGCCCGAACAGGAGCCGCUAAGGGCUGACGGUGACGCCGACGCGAGCGCCGGCUUGUCUACUCCAACAGGUGCCCUGAAGUUACGUCGGCCGCGGGCGGCGCAUUCCUCGCUCCGCAGCACUAGAUCCACUCGCAAGCGAACGCACGACGACAUUGAAGACGAGCCCUCGCCUUCAUCGGCCGUCUUCCCGUCAUCUGUAAAUCCGCCCGCUUCGUCUUCUGCAGUCAACUCACGUGCCAGCACCCCGGUCCCGCGACCUGCGAAGAAGGCAAAGACUGGCCUUCGCGUGAAAACCUCGCCUAUGAAGAAGAAGUUAGGCCCGUCAGCCGGAGUGCCUCGGGUCACCGGAGAUCGUGGUAGCCCGGUCGCAAAUGGCGCACCCAGCUCCUUGGAUGACAAUGACGACUUCUGCUCCUCAUGCAAUGGCCAAGGUGAGCUGCUCUGCUGCGAGACGUGUCGACGGGCGUUCCACUUCAAGUGUGUAGAUCCACCGCUCCAGCGGUUGAAUUUACCCGACGAGUGGUUCUGCAACGUCUGCAUCGCCAGGCAUAAACCUGCCACAGUUGUCCAUCAGACCGGAGCGUUUCGCUUCCUCAUGACGGAGCUCAACGCCAAAAAUUCGAGUGCUUUCCGGCUUCCCGCAGACGUCAGGACCUACUUCGUUGGUGUAGAUGAGGGUCCUGACGGCGAGUACGAGGAGGCCACACCGCCGGUCCCCAAGGCAGCCAAGAAGAAGACAGGCUACGAAGAACCACCCGACUUCUACCGCGUCCGGGACCAGGAUGGAAAAGCAGUGGUCUGCCAUGCCUGCGACAAGCCGUCCGACAACAAACGGACUAUAAUCCCAUGCAGCAUCUGCACUCUGAACUGGCAUCUCGACUGUCUGGAUCCACCAAUGCCCUAUCCACCAGUGCUGCGUACUUGGAGAUGUCCUGCACACAUUGAUGACCUGCUUAUGAGGCUCCCGGGCACAUUGGCACCAGCUCACAAGCGCCGUCGCAUCAAGGGUGCGUCCGCUUUUAGGCCUGCCUACAGCCGAGGCCUGCGGAACAAUGGCUAUAUCGAGGUUGACGACGGAGAAUACGAUGAUGUACCGCCCCGUCCGGAUCUCAUUGGUGCCGACAGUCGGCUGCCCGCCCAGGGCGUUGUUCAAGAUUUUGUUGAUACUGUCAGGCGCAACGCUAGAAUUGAACAGGAAAACAAUUCCUACUAUAUCACCGCCUCCAAGGAUCCCCAAGGCACCCGCGGCGCCUUGGAGAUUCUUGCCGACGCCUGCCCACAGCCAGCUGUCGACAAAGUGUCUGCUGACAAGACGGGUCUCUUGAUCGCCGCGCUCGUCUCCGGCGCAGAUAAUGAGCUUCUGCAAAAUGUUUCUCGUGAUAGCAUUGUGUCAAUAGCUAGCGGAACUGGUUUGGCUAGCAAGGACAAGAGCGGCUUGAAAGCCAUGCUGGCCGAGCUGGAGAAGUUGACGGGCAACAUCAGACAUGUGUUGGCCGCGCGAGCAUCCACCCCGGCGUCGCCAGUAGCAGCGAAUGACGAGGCGCCCUCGUCCAUGACAACGGGAGAGAGCCCACCGGCUACCAUGCCUCAGCUUACCGAAGGGACCGAGAAGUCAACCCCCGAGGCCGAGGAGGACAACACAGUAGUCACGCCUAUUACGGAGCUGGAAGAAACCAACAGCCCUAUCAAGGAGUCGAUAGGAUGUGACGAUGUUGUCAUGACCGACGAGCCCAUGGUAGCAGCCUCCGACGACAGCGAGCUCAUCACUCCUGUCAAGUCUGUCCCUGCUCUCACUGCUACAUCACGAUCUGGGUCUCCUAGCAAGAAGUAG